UGAUCAUGGGCGAAGUGUCAAAACUUCACUCUGAAUGGAUGUAGCAUGUACCACUUUUAAAGCGUACUUGGUAAUUAGCAAAGUGCUUGAUUAAUCACGAAAAUGGUCAGUGGUGUUUGUGACAUAAGUAUACAUUUUUAUAGCUUCAGCUUUAUGUUUAAUGUUUGUCUCAAGACUGAGAAGUUUGUUUUGGAAUGUUGGUCGUGAAAAGUUAACACUAGCAAAGAUCAGUUGCAGUCUCUCGUCAGCUGGCUGCUGUUUUGGUGGUGGUAUUUCAAAGUUGGGAACUUGGAAUCACAAAAUGGCUAGAGGUUUGAGAGUGCUUAAUGUUGCUGAGAAAAAUGACGCGGCCAAGUCACUUGCUGAUCUGAUGUCUAGGGGGCAAUUUAGAAGGAGUGAAGGAUUCUCCAAGUUCAACAAGAUUUAUGAGUAUGAGUACAAUCUCUUUGACCAAAACUGCAAAAUGACGAUGACAUCAGUGUCCGGCCACUUGCUCAACUAUGAAUUUGUCUCGGCCUUCAAAAAAUGGCACAGUUGUAAUCCAGUAGCUUUAUUUAGUGCUGAAGUCUUCAAAGGAUGCCCUGAAAACUAUAAAGACAUCAAGAGGACAUUAGAGCGAGAGGCCAGGAAACAUGAUGUUCUUGUUAUUUGGACGGAUGGAGACAGGGAAGGUGAAAAUAUUGGCUUCGAAAUCAUUCAAGUCUGUACAGCAGUGAAACCUCAGUUGGAUGUCUACAGAGCGAGAUUUUCAGAGAUAACUCCACAAUCUAUUGCCAAUACAUGUCGUAAUCUAGUUCGGCCUGAUGAGAGAAUAACUAAUGCAGUAGAUGUCAGACAACAGCUUGAUCUGAGAAUAGGUGCUGCUUUUACUCGUUUCCAAACCCUACGAUUAUGCAAGGUGUUUCCUAACAUCCUGGACGGGCAGUUAAUCAGCUUUGGUAGUUGUCAGUUCCCUACACUAGGGUUUGUGGUUGAACGAUAUAAACAAGUAGAAGCGUUCAUACCAGAAGCAUUCUAUAAAAUCAAGGUUUUGCAUGAACUGGAUGACACUAAAGUGGAGUUUAACUGGAAGAGACAUAGAUUAUUUCAUCGUUUAGCAUGUGAGGUAUUACUACAAGUAUGUCUUGACGAUCCCAUGGCAACAGUAACUAAUGUCAGCAGUAGAAGUAAGAGUAAAUGGAGACCAUUACCCAUGGAUACAGUGGAAUUGGAAAAGUUAUCAUCUCGCAAGCUUCGGAUCAGUGCUAAGGAGACCAUGAAGAUUGCUGAGAAACUCUACACCAAAGGAUUCAUCAGUUAUCCACGCACUGAAACCAACACAUUUCCAAAGGAGUUGAAUUUACGUGAUCUGGUUCAAGAACAGACACAGGAUCCAAGAUGGGGACCGUUUGCGGCAGGCAUCUUACAAGAAGGUCCGACACCUCGCCAAGGCAACAAGACAGAUAAUGCCCAUCCCCCUAUCCACCCUCUCAAGUAUACCGAUACACUGCAAGGAAAUGACCAGAAGGUCUUUGAGCUCAUUGUCAGACACUUCCUUGCUUGCUGUUCAAAGGAUGCUCAAGGUUUUGAGACCACUGUGGAGAUCAAGAUUGCAAGUGAAGAAUUCUCUGCCCAAGGUUUGAUGAUCGUUGCAAGGAACUAUUUAGAUGUCUACCCGUAUGAUAAAUGGAAUGCUAAGGUCAUUCCGGUUUUUCACGAAGGUCAAACAUUCCAACCUAACUCAAUCCAGAUGGUUGAUGGCGAGACCAGUCCACCCCCAUUACUAACUGAAGCUGAUCUGAUUGCACUCAUGGAUAAACAUGGAAUCGGUACUGAUGCCACUCAUGCUGAUCACAUUGAUACCAUUAAAUCUCGUCUGUAUGUUGGAGUGAGACCCGAUGGUAGGUUUGUUCCUGGUGAGCUAGGUAUGGGACUAGUAGAAGGAUAUGACAACAUGGGAUAUGCACUCUCCAAACCACACCUUAGAGCUGAACUCGAAUCCGAUCUUAAAAGAAUAUGUGAAGGAGUGAAGGACCCAGACGUUGUGUUAAGGGAACAAAUUGAGAAAUACAAACAAGUCUUCAUUGAAGCUGCUGCAAAUGCCAACAUGUUGGAUGUAGCGUUAUCUGGAUAUCUCGGUCAACAACCGGAAGCAUAUGUACCAGAUGUGACUGAGAUAGAAUCCAUGACUCCAGUUCGCUCCUGCCCACGUUGCAACCAAUCAAUGAUCCUUAAAGCCAAGAAAGAUGGCGGCUGGAUGGUCUCAUGCACUGGCUACCCAGCAUGCAAAGCUGCAGUCUGGUUCCCUGGGGCUGUACAAGAAGCAUCUGUAUCUGAUGAUGUUUGCCAGAAUUGCCUACCUGGACCAGUGAAGAAGAUCAAGUUGAAAUUCAAGAGAGGAUCCGUACCUCCAAUGAUGCCAACACAAUAUUUUGGUUGUAUCGGCGGUUGUGAUGUGACACUGAUGGACUCCUUAGAUCUGAAUCUUAAUUAUCUUAGGGCUCCUGCUCAAACACAAGUACCAACAACAAAUGCAAGAAAUGAUCGGGGAAGAGGCCAAGCAAGAGGACGGGGUGGCAGAGGUGGUAGAGGGAAUGGGGGAGGUGGUAGAGGAAAUGGGGGAGGAGGUAACGGAGGAGGAUGGGGAGGAGGCGGUGGAGGAGGUGGUGGUGGAGGAGGAGGAGGAGGAUGGGGUGGAGCUGGUGGAGGAGGAGGAGGAGGUGGUGGAGGAGGAGGGAGGAGCGAGGGAAGAGGAGACAACGAUUGGGGUGGUAGGGGAGGAGGUGGCAGUAGUAGUGGACGAGGAGGAAGUCAUCAAAGUGGAAACAGAGCUUUUUCUUCUCAGGCUGCACAGUCUAGACAACCUCUUGAUCAAGUACCUAUUGGAGGAACGUCAUUCUUUGCUGGUACUAAUAGCAGUAGUGACAAUGCCGUUGUGUGUAACUGUGGAGGUGAUGCAUUACGGCUUACAGUGAAGAAACCAGGACCAAACAAUGGGCGCCAGUUCUACAAGUGUAAUUCCGGAGAGUGUAACUUCUUCCUUUGGGCCGAUGAGAACUCAAACUCAACUUCCAACUCUACAAACAAUUCCAAUGAUUCUGGUUGGAGUUCUAGUAAAAGUUCUGGUUCUACCAGUGGAAGCUCUUGGACUGGUGCUACGAGCAGCUAUGGCAGUAAUACUACAGGCAGCUAUAGGAGUAGUAGUGGUUUUGAGUCUACAGAUGUCAAGACUAAUGUAUGGGGAGAGGUCAUGUGUCAAUGCGGACAGGCGGCAGUCUUACGGACAGUACAAAAAGAAGGACCAAAUAAAGGCAGAGAGUUCAACGUUUGCAACAAACCACAGGGCAAGCAAUGUAACUUCUUCGAAUGGAAAGAUGAUGCGGGGAACAGUAGAAAAGGAAACAGCUCCAGUAACCAACCAUCAUGGGGUGGGAAGCAAAGUGGGUUUAGCAAGAAAGGAAGAGGUGGUAAUUCAGGCUUUAGCAAAGGCAGUGAUGAUAACCGGAAGAGAAAGAAACCAACGUGUAGUAUCUGCAAUCAAGAGGGUCACACGAAGCGUAGUUGCCCAAUGAAAUGAGGAGUAGUCUUUCUUCAAGUCUGAAACAUCUCAUUGCAGUAGUCUCUGCAAACUCAUAUAGGUAGUUUCUUAUCUCUGCAUGUUUUUAUUUCUACUUGCACGCGGGUCUCCUGUCCGCCAUAUUAGGGGCCAAAACAUGCACGUGUUCACAAGCGCAUUGGUGCAUUAUAACGUGUACCAUCAUUUUGUGCACACUUUGACCCCAAAAAGGGCAGACAAGAGACGCGCGCGUUGUGCAAUGGGUCCAUAGUCAUAGUGAGGUUCUAUGUUUUAAUUAUGACAAUCCAAGGUAUGAGUUAAUUCUAUUUUCUAAUGGUUGGUUGGAUCAAAGCAAAUGCUAGUUGAUCGAUGGUUUGUUGUUGACUGUGAGCCCAAGUUGAGGUUUAGGGAAAAGGCCCAUCGCGUGGAUAGAUCAACUUUCAUUGGGAGCAUUGAUUAUUCUUUGAUUGGCUUUCUAACCUCUCGGAUAUGAAAAAUAAUAAAUCAAAAUGAGAGUUGUUGAAAAGCACCUUCUGCAAAGGUUCCAAAACACUGUACAAAAACGACUACAAAAUUUCUGACUAAGAAUAAAAGCAAUUGAGUUUUUAUCGUGGCUUUGAAGGAUUCAAGAGAUGAUGCCUGAUUGAUGUGAAGAAGUAGAUUAUACAGAUAGGGUGUAAGAACUGUAAACUCAGUACUUUCCCGAGUUCUGUGAAAAUAUCACAGGCAUAUUACUCGGGUGGGAUUCAAACCCAUGACCUUUGCAAUUCUUAAGAAAUAGAUUGUUCCAUAAUUGGUGCACUGACUGAAUGCUUGUUGGCCAUCCUGCGUAUUAGUGCGGGGAGGGGGGGGGGCUUCCUUUUUUUUAUAUUAUAAAACUUGUUGACGAUCCAGAGUCAUGGUUGAAUGUUGAUGAUGUUUACUUUAUUUAUUUGUUAUCUCUGUCUAGUGGAUACAAUAAAGUACCUGCUCAUCCAUGCAUCUACUAUUGAACAUGGUACAAUAGACGCAUUACAACACAUCACAGGCAUGGUCUAGUGAGUCUAGUUAGGGUGAUCACUCACCAUGAAGAGCUGGGAGUUUAUGUUAGAUGGUUGGUUAGUUGCCUUCACUUCCAAUAUGCAACAGAGCUUUACAUAGUAUAUAUUCAGACAGCAUACUAAGUUAGACCCAAACCGUUUUAACUUUCAAGGUGAUCGUAGAAAGUUGCUCCCCUUGCGUUCAGACAGCACUGAGUUAAACUCGAUACGGUUUAUCUUUGGUUUUAAGAGGUCAAAGCUAACGCAACCCUGUUACUCUAACAUCCGGUUUAUUGUCCUGUUCAUUGGUCACCGUGUGUUUAUGUAAUGAUUACGGAGGUCAAUGGGUCGUCUGUUGUGAGUUA